AUGGAAAGCAAAUCUUGGGUCGACGACGAUGUUCCAACCUGCGAGCGAAAGUUCCUCGUCAAAGAAGACCUUGCGCCCAAGAAAAUUGCUCGACUACAGUUCGGACUUUUAUCUGCAGAAGAGAUGCAACGGCUUGCAGAAUUCCAAGUAACAUCUCGGGAACUGUUUACACCUCCUACAAGAACCCCUGCAAGAGGAGGUUGUCUCGACUCGCGAUUAGGAGUAUGUGAUAAGGUUUCGACAUGUGGCACUUGCAAACGCAAACUCCAGGAUUGUGCAGGGCACUUUGGUUACAUUCGACUUGCCUUGCCAGUGUUCCAUAUUGGUUAUAUGCGUCACACGCUACGCUUGCUACAGUGUGUAUGUAAGUCAUGUUCGCGUGUUCUCUUGGGAGAUACCGAACGACAUCAUUUCUUGGCCAAGAUGCGCAAUCCAAAGACUGAUAUCUUGGCGAAGAACGCUAUACACAAGAAAGUUAUUGAGCAGUGCAAAAAGUCAAAAUUGUGUCCUCAUUGUGGAGCUCCGAACGGGACGGUAAAAAAAAUAACAGGAGCUCCAACCCUGAAAAUUGUCCACGAAAAGUUUAAAGGACGUCAUAUGGAAGAAGAGCUAGAAGAGUUCAUGGCGUCACUUGACCUAGCAAUGGAAAAUAAUAAAGACUUGGCGGGUGCCAUAAUGGGACCCACUCCGCCUGUUGAUGAUUUGUUACCAGACAGAGUUUUAGAUAUUUUCAAGAAGAUAACCGAUGAAGAUUGCGAAGUAUUGUGGGUGGAUCCCUUGAUCGGACGGCCCGAAAAUCUAGUAUUUCAAAAUAUGCUUGUACCCCCAGUGCCUAUUCGCCCAUCAGUCGAAAUGGAUGGCGGUGGAAAUGUUGACGAUUUGACCGUGAAGCUGCAAGAAAUCCUUGAUGUGAAUGCCGCACUGGAGUUGGCGUUGACAAAGGGGCCCCACACAAAAACUAUAAUGGAAAGUUGGGAUUACCUGCAAACGCAAGUUGCACAGUUUAUCAAUGGAGAGUCUCCAGGAAUACAGAAGCCUAUAGGUGCAAAACCAAUGCGAGGUCUCUGCCAAAGGCUGAAAGGAAAACAAGGUCGAUUUCGUGGUAAUCUUUCUGGGAAGCGAGUCGAUUUUUCAGCACGUACGGUCAUUUCACCAGAUCCAAAUCUGAAGGUGAACGAGGUUGGAGUCCCCAAGUUCGUCGCCAUGAUAAUGACGUAUCCAGAACGGGUAUCGCGAUACAACAAGAAAAAGUUGCAGCAACUGAUACGGAAUGGACCAGAUGUACACCCUGGCGCAAACCUGAUUCGGAUGGGCGAGCGAACAAAAUCGCUAGCAUUUGGAGAUAGAGAAACGAUUGCUAAGACGCUGCGUGAAGGUGACAUCGUCGAGCGUCACAUGGAAGAUGGCGAUAUCGUACUCUUCAACCGGCAGCCUUCUCUCCAUAGAGUGUCUAUAAUGUCUCAUCACGCUCGGAUCACAGAAUCUCGCACUUUCCGUUUCAAUACUUGUGUUUGUGCUCCAUACAAUGCUGAUUUUGACGGUGAUGAAAUGAAUCUUCACCUGCCGCAAACAGAAGAAGCGAGGACGGAGGCAAAACUUUUGAUGGGAGUUCACAACAAUCUUACCACGCCGCGUAACGGAGAACCUCUUGUUGCUGCAAGUCAGGAUUUCUUGUCGGCAUCAUAUCUGCUCACACAAAACGAUCGGUUCUUCACUCGAGAGCAAUUUUGCAGUCUUGUUUCUUACUUUGGAGAUGCAGAGGAACAGAUUGACAUCCCACAUCCAGCUCUUAUUAAACCAAUCCAAUUGUGGACAGGAAAACAAAUCUUCGGUACAAUGAUUAGACCAAACAAGAGUGCGAAAGUCUUUGUUGACUUCGAAACUAAGGAGAAGAACUACAAUUCCAAAAAUGAUGAAAAGCACUUUUGUAAAGAUGAUGGGUGGGUUGCCUUUCGCCAGAGCGAGCUGAUAUCCGGGAACAUUGCGAAGAAAACAAUUGGUGAUGGCAGCAAGACUGGCCUGCUUUAUGUCAUUCUGAGGGACUUCGGCCCUCAAGCGACUGCUGCGAUAAUGGACCGUUGGGCGAAGCUUUGUGGUCGAUACAUGGGAACUCAUCGUGGCUUUUCUAUCGGUAUUGCGGAUGUGACGCCAACUAAAGCUCUGACCGACAUGAAGCACGAGAUUCUUCUCCAAGGAUACAAAGAAGCAGAUGCAACAAUUGAAAAGUAUGAAAACGGAAGCCUCCAGCUAAGGCCUGGUUGCGACUUGAAACAAUCCAUGGAGGAAAUUCUUACAGGGCUUCUUGGCCGCCUUCGUGAAUCGGCUGGUCAAGAGGCAAUGAAGAGAUUGAGUUGGACGAAUUCGCCUCGAAUUAUGGCGGCAUGUGGAUCCAAAGGUAGUCCAUUGAAUAUUUCACAGAUGAUGGCUUGUGUAGGACAACAAGCAGUUGGUGGUGCGCGUGUUAUGGAUGGGUUCGUGAACAGAACUUUGCCUCACUUCGAAGUCCACAGUAUCACACCUGCUGCGAAGGGGUUCAUCGCCAACUCAUUUUACACUGGCCUUACAGCAACAGAAUUCUUUUUCCAUAUGAUGAGUGGUCGGGAAGGAUUGGUUGAUACUGCCGUAAAGACUGCUGAAACCGGAUACAUGGCCCGUCGGCUCAUGAAGGCGCUUGAGGAUCUUUCGAUGCAAUAUGAUAAGACUGUUCGCAAUAGUGAAAACACUGUUGUUCAAUUCACUUACGGUGAUGAUGGUUUGAAUCCAGACAAAAUGGAAAAUAAUGAUCGCCCUGUACAAUUUGACCGUGUCUACUUAUCUGUCCGCGAACGACUCCCUUGCCGCAACGAGGAGGCCCUCAGUGCAAAUGACCUCCGAGAGACAAUAAAGACGAAGCUUCAAGAAGAAAGAUACCAAAAGAUACUUCCAGAGGGACUUGUUUUGCAUGAGGAUAUCGAGAACUUUUUCGAGAAGAAAGGAAAGAAGCUUGUAGAGCUUGGAGCAUCGACAGAGGUUUCGAUGGAGUUGUCUCGUCUGUGCUGGAAUACUUGCCGCUUCACAAGAACUCAAAUAGACGAGAUUUUGGAUAUCAUUUGGCGCAAAUGUGUUAAGGCCUACGUCGAGCCUGGUGAAGCGGUCGGAGCGAUUGCUGCACAGAGCAUUGGCGAACCCGGAACCCAGAUGACACUGAAAACUUUUCACUUUAGUGGAAUUAGUUCCAUGAAUGUUACAUUAGGAGUUCCUCGAUUGGUGGAGAUUAUCAAUGCUUCAAAGCAAAUAUCAACUCCUAUCAUUACAGCCCAACUCGAACAACAUGACAAUGAAAUUGCUGCUCGCGUUGUGAAAGCAGGUAUUGAAAGGACGACGCUAGGGGAAGUAUCGAUCUACAUCAAAGAAGUCUUUGCUCCAGAUGGAUGUUACAUUAGCAUCAAGCUCGACAUGGACGCCAUUGAGCAGCUGAAGUUAAAUGUUGACUCGGGGAGUGUUCGAGAUUCUAUUUUGUAUGGUGCUCGAGGUGUCACCAAAGCACCAAUACUUCGGCAACUUCGCGAGAAGGACGUUAGGAUCAAGAGAGGAUCCAGCAGCAAGUUGCGGGUGUAUGUUCCUGACAACAGCAAGAAUUCUGUAUACUUUGCCAUGCAGGAACUGAAGACAAUAAUUCCAUCAGUUAUUGUGCAAGGAAUCCCAUCAGUGAACAGAGCUGUCAUCAACAUGAAUGAUGAAUCAGGAAAAUAUGAGGUUCUCGUUGAAGGAUAUGGUUUGCAGGAGGUAAUGGGGAGUGCAGGAAUUGAUGGGCGGAAAACGACAACGAAUCACGUUUUGGAAGUCGAGAACGUACUUGGGAUUGAAGCCGCAAGGACGAAGAUCAUAACAGAAAUUUCGUUCAUUAUGAAGCAGUAUGGCAUUGGCAUUGACCCUCGACACCUACUGCUUCUGUCGGAUGUUAUGACAUUCAAGGGUGAAGUUCUAGGAAUCACUCGGUUUGGUGUCUCAAAAAUGAGAGAGAGUGUUUUGAUGUUGGCGUCCUUUGAAAAGACAACUGAUCAUUUGUUCGAUGCUGCAGUUCAUGGCAGAAGUGACGAAAUUGUUGGCGUAAGUGAAUGUAUCAUCAUGGGGAUACCAAUUCCUGUUGGUUCGGGACUUCCAAAUCUACUUUGGAAGAGUAACAGCACAAAAAACUGA